UGUUUGUUUACUCUGAUGGGAGUUGUGCUGGAAGCUGAAAUGUCUGUAAAAAGUGCAAAGGGAGGUCCAGAGAGCCGACCGUCCUCUGCUGCCAGCGUAUCUCCACGAGGAGGGAGGGCUGCGGCAGCUGGAAAAUCGCCCGCUAUGGGGAGAUUCAAAAACAAGGCCCUUCAGCUUAGCCUCUCCAAGAAAUUCUGCUCCAAGUACUCCACGAAGGAGAAGGCGUCUGAGGAAGAGGAGAGCAAGAGGAAGAGUAAAAGGAGCCUCAGCAACAGCUCCAUGGUGGCAGCUGCCUACAUCUCCUACCUAAAUAAACUUUUUGGACAGGAGAGGGAGCUGAUGCCGCUGGAGCUCGAUGAGCUUCAAGAGGCCUUUAAGGAAUUUGAUUAUGACGCGGAUGGCUUCAUCCAUUACAAAGACAUCGCAGACUGCAUGAGGACCAUGGGCUACAUGCCCACGGAGAUGGAGCUCAUCGAGAUCAUCCAACAGAUCAAGAUGAAAUGGGGCGGUCAUGUAGACUUUGACGAUUUCUGUGAGUUAAUGGGACCACGAAUGCUGGCUGAGACGGCUCACAUGGUCGGGCUAAAAGAGCUGCGCUGUGCCUUCAAACAGUUUGACUGUGAUGGAGAUGGAAAGAUCACACUGGAAGAACUGAAGGAGGGCAUGAAGACUCUCCUCGGGGAGAAGCUGAAAAAAGGGGAACUGGAGGAGAUCCUGGGCGAUAUUGACCUCAACAAAGACGGCAGCAUUGACUUUGAUGAGUUUGUCAUGAUGCUUUCUGCACGAUGACCUCCGACAGAAAGAGGAGGGAACAGGAUCCAGGGGCAUAAAACGAUCGAUGACUCCCGCCUACUUCCUUCAGUUUCAGCUCUGUGGCUUUACAUGCUGAUUAAUCAACACGUGAAGUUAUAGGCACGUCUGUACAACCAUCUCGGAAAGCUAAGGUUGAGUCAGUGAAGUGGGUAAAGGGUGAGUUAUGCAAUCCUUAUGUAUGAGACCAAAAUGCUGUAAGGUUGCCCCCAUGUGGGGAAAAAAUGUACAGAUUAAUCAAACCUGAAUUUUUUUUUAAAAAGUUUCUUUUCAAUGUUUUUUUUUGAUACAUUUUUUAUAUUUUUUGUCACUUUCCUUGUACAUAUGGGCUUUAUUGAUACAUUUCACCUACUGUCUAAUGUCUUCAAAUGUAAUAAACACACAAAAGAAGUCAUUUAAAAAAAAAUAACGACUGGAGUUUAUGUUUGGAAAAAAAAGUGCAUUUAUUGUUGAAAAAUGAUAACUUAAAACAUUUUAGCAAAAAGCAAGAUCUUUCGGAAAAAGGCUUUGUACAAAUGAUUUACAUAAAACACCAUUAACUUAUGUAUUUUUAUUUUUAUUCUCACAAUUUUUAAUAGGUAAUGUGAAGACACAAAAGCUUAAAUUCACUGAAAAAAAUGUAAAUAAAAAACAAACGUUCAUGCUGUGGCAAAAAAACAAAAGGAAUGGUAACCAAGCCAAUGCAUUAUGGUACAGAAUCCCCUAAUGUAAUGUGGUGCAAGGCAAAUGCAGCUCUGCAGGUACCUUCCUCUUUCCCCACCCAGCAGCUUUAAUGAAGAAUAACAUACAUUCCUUUGAUGUAUUCUUGAUCUUCUUUCGACUCGUCAGAAUAUUGCCAGUACUCCCUAGUUUUCAUAGUAUUCUCAAAGUAGGAAUAUAUUCUAGAUUAUAUUAAUCCUUGGGAAUUUUUGAGGGGGAAUUAUCAGGAAAACGAGAAGACUAAUGUAUGGACUCAACAACAUAGACGGAGGGGGUUAAUAAUCACAUGUCAAAUUGAGUAUAUCGCUCAUGUUGCUAUUGCAAUUACAAUCCAUAAUUGAUCACCUUUAUACUCAGACUCUUUGCAAUGGCUUGUCAUAAAUGCUGCUUGAACCAGAUAUGGUCUGCUGUGCCUUUAAUUCAAUAAAGCCAACUGCGUAGCAGGGGUUAUGUCCUAUUUUCUUCCUUUUUGUAGAGCAAAUAUCCCACUGACACUGCACAGGAACCAGACCCACAAUGUUGUUUGGUUAAGAUGACCGGACAGCACACACACACACGCACACACAAAAACAACCAAACAAAAAGCAAAACAAAACUCGGAGGAUUCAGUAAGACAAAAAAGACAAAUAAAACAUCAGAUUUCAGGAUCACACUGUUAAGAAACUGGAAGAAACUUAAAAGUAAAAACAAAACAAAAACAAGACGGGAAGAAAAACAGAUCAUCUCAAUUUUGUGGAAACAGGUUCGCUGCCACUCAGAGGAGGCAGCAAUGGAAGUUUGUGCGUGUCAAGCGUGUGAAAGGAGAGUGAAAACUUGAAAGAAAUACUUUUAUCAGUGCUGGGUACACAUACAUAAACCUGUGGAUGCACUUAGGAACGCACACAUUUUUCCUCACACGUUGAAGCCUCAAUGUGCCAACUUUAAAGUGAGGUAUAGCUGUGUGUAAUAAACUUUUUUUUCCCCCCACUUUCCAACUUUCAGCAUUUAGGAUUCUGUUCCGCCCUCUUUCAACUUAAAAUACAUCUUAUUGUCGCUCUUUUACUGGUUUAAAAAAAAAAGCAGUUUUACUUUAAUUAGACCAGUUGUAAAAAAAAAAAAAAAAAAA